UGCCCCAUCAUUGGUAUCAGUGGGAGGAAUAGUGUCCCAUCAUUGGUGUCAGUGGGAGGAAUAGUGCCCCAUCAUUGGUGUCUGGGAGGAGCAGUGCCCCAUAUUGGUGUCAGUGGGAGGAAUAGUGCCCCAUCAUUGGUGUCAGUGGGAGGAAUAGUGUCCCAUCAUUGGUAUCAGUGGGAGGAAUAGUGCCCCAUCAUUGGUGUCAGUGGGAGGAAUAGUGCCCCAUCAUUGGUGUCAGUGGGAGGAAUAGUGCCCCAUCAUUGGUGUCAGUGGGAGGACUAG